UCUCCGGGUAAGAUGGCAGCGGACGGACAGUGCUCGCUCCCCGCUUCAUGGCGGCCGGUGAUCCUCACCCACGUCGAAUAUCCUGCAGGUGAUCUCUCUGGCCACCUCCUUGCCUACCUGAGCCUCAGCCCCAUAUUUGUCAUCGUUGGUUUUGUGACCCUCAUCAUAUUCAAGCGGGAGCUGCACACGAUCUCGUUCCUUGGGGGCUUGGCACUGAACGAGGGGGUCAACUGGCUGAUCAAACACGUCAUCCAGGAGCCACGGCCCUGUGGAGGUCCCCACACGGCAGUGGGCACCAAGUACGGGAUGCCCUCCAGCCAUUCCCAGUUUAUGUGGUUCUUCUCCGUCUAUUCCUUCCUUUUUCUGUAUUUAAGAAUGCACCAAACGAACAACGCCAGGUUCCUGGACUUGCUGUGGAGGCAUGUACUCUCCCUGGGUCUCCUCACUGUGGCGUUUCUAGUCUCCUAUAGCAGGGUCUACCUGCUGUACCACACCUGGAGCCAGGUGCUCUAUGGGGGCAUCGCUGGAGGCCUCAUGGCCAUCGCCUGGUUCGUCUUCACCCAGGAGGUCCUCACCCCCCUGUUCCCUAGGAUAGCAGCCUGGCCUAUCUCUGAGUUCUUCCUAAUCCGAGACACGAGCCUCAUUCCCAACGUACUCUGGUUUGAGUACACGGUAACCCGGGCAGAAGCCAGGAACAGACAGCGCAAGCUGGGGACGAAAUUGCAGUGACCGGUGAGUGUGGCUGGCUCCAGCCUCCAGAUCUGGCCUGCACGAUGCCUUGCAGGGUGGAUGGAAUGACAGACAGAGGGACGAAGCAGAGACCUCUACAGACCCAAGUCACCGAGUGGAGCCUUUUUUUUUCUUAUUUUAAUUUUAAUGAACAAGGUGGACCAAAGGGCUGAGCCAGCCCCUCAACCAGGACCCUGGAGGGCCUGUUGCCGGGGGGCCUCCCAGCCAGAGACCCUCGCAGUGCUGCUGCCAGCCCCCAGUUGGGCGGAAAGUGCCCCUGGCGUGGGCACUGGGGCGUGGGGUAGAGAAGGAGGGCUUGAACCUCUGGCCACAGGGCCAGGAAAUCUAGGUGGCGUGAAAAAUGCACACUAUUUAUUUUUUGGUUUUGUCAAAGGCAGAUGGGAUUUUGGAGAGGGAGUGGAAGAGCCAGCUCUGCGGGGGCUGCCCUGCGUACCGAGGAGCCCAGGUCAGCUUCCCAGGCCCUUUGCCCUGGGCCCGAGAGACGGCCUGGGGGCCCAGGAGGAGGGAGCACCCCCGUGCCCGCCCUGCCGCCAACGCCAUUCCAGAACCUCGCUCAGUGUUUCCCAUGUGGGGGCCGGGCCCAGAGAGAGCAGGCGUCUGCGCUGCCAUCGCUGUGUCCUACCCGCAUCGACCGUGCGCCGCAAGGGCUUUCUCUGGUUCCCUGUCCCCAAGACAGCGGUCCCUUUCUGAUGAAAGAGCCUGCACAUGCGGGUGAGCGAACCCAAGCUGUUUACAGCUCUUUCCUGUCCUGCCGUCCGCUAGUGGUUCGUCUUCAUCUCCACCCGAACAAAAUGCAGAGGAAGCAGGAGCUGGUGAGAGGAGUGGGGCAGCGGUGCCCACUGUCCCCACCCUUCCCUCCCCUCUGUGUGCUCUGAGCAUUCCUUGUCCUUCCCGACCCCCCUCCGAGAGGCUGGGAGCCUGCUUGGGUCACCCCAAGCCUGUGUCUGGGGUGUGGCUCACAGAUCCCCACUGCCCAGCUCGGAGGACGACUCCUCCGAAUCUUGAAGUCGCUUUGAAAUGGAGCUGUGGAGAGGAGAUGCGUCCAGACUCGGAAGCUUCUAGAACUGAACCAGGCUGCUCGGGACCUGUGUUCAGGGCCCGACCCCCUCCCUCCCCCGGCCGCCUUUUCUUUGUGGCGGUUCCUAAUCUGCUGCUGAAGCACAAUAUUUUGGUGCUUUCUUUUCUCAUUUGUUAAAGACAGUGUCCAAAGCCAUUCCAGAUGCCAGGACCAGGGGCCUAUUUCUGGGGAAGGUUGGUCAGUCCCCACAUUUUCCUUUCCUUCCCUUCUCAUUUUUAUUUUUUACUUUUUGCCUGAGAUACGCCAAGUGUGAGGUGGUUUGACUUAAGAAAAAUCAAUGAAAAUUGUUUACUAUUGUUUUAAAAUAAAAUCUUGAACUCUGGCAGCUUGAACAUGUUGACUGAGCUGAUGGGAGGAGGCGGGGACGUGGCUGUGCGGACACACGACCCGAGGGGCAAGGGCAUGGUUAAGACCAGAAGAUCGUACGCGUCUCCAAGACACCUAGUCCCCUCCAGCCCCCAAAGCCAGGGUUGGAAUGGCCUCUGUGACAUAUCCCACUGGGGUCUGAGGACAGCUCCCUUACACUGAGUUUUUUCAGUCCCUGUCUACCUCCCCCUGUGGCGCUGGCUGGCUCUGCUCUCAGUAAGCCUAGCUUCUCCUUCAUGUGACAGCCCUUGAAGACUGGGGACAACCAGCAUGUCCUUCCUAAGCC